CAUGGGUGCGAUGUUCCGGGGCGAGGAGGUGGUACUGGCCCAACUCUUCCUGCCCACAGCUGCUGCCUACACCUGUGUGAGCCAGCUAGGCGAGCUGGGCCUCGUGGAGUUCAGAGAUCUCAAUGCAUCAGUGAGUGCCUUCCAGAGACGCUUCGUGGUGGAUGUCCGGCGCUGCGAGGAGCUGGAGAAGACCUUCAUGUACCUACAGGAGGAGGUGCGGCGGGCUGGCCUGGUGCUACCUGCACCCGAGGGGAGGCUGCCAGCGCCCCCACCCCGAGACCUGCUUCGCAUCCAGGAAGACAGUGAGCGGCUGGCCCAGGAGCUACGUGAAGUGCGGGGCAACCAGCAGACCCUACGUGCCCAGUUACACCAGCUGCAGCUCCAUGCCGCUGUGCUGAGCCAGGCCCACGGCCCCCCGGUGGAAGCCACCUACCCAGAUGGGCUGUCUGAGAGAAUGCCCCUGCUCCAGUCUUCCGGGGGACCACACCAGAGCCUGAAGGUCAAUUUUGUGGCUGGGGCUGUGGAGCCGCAUAAGGCUCCCGCCCUGGAGCGCCUGCUCUGGAGGGCCUGCCGAGGCUUCCUCAUUGCCAGCUUCCAGGAGAUGGAGCAGCCAUUGGAGGACCCCGUGACGGGCGAGCCUGUCACUUGGAUGACCUUUCUGAUCUCCUACUGUGGCCAGCAGAUCGGGCAGAAGAUCCGCAAGAUCACCGACUGUUUCCAUUGCCACGUCUUCCCAUUUGAGGAGCAGGAGACAGCCCGCCAUGGGGUCUGGCAGCAGCUGCAGCAACAGAAACAGGAGAUUCAGGAGGUCCUGGGGGAGACGGAACAGUUCCUGAACCAGGUGUUGAGCCGGGUACAGCGGCUGCUGCCGCCCUGGCAAAUUCAGAUCCGCAAGAUGAAAGCCGUGUACCUGGUCCUCAACCAGUGCAGCAUGAGUGCCACCCACAAGUGUCUCAUCGCAGAGGCCUGGUGCCCAACACGGGACCUGGCCACCCUGCAGCGAGUGCUGCAGGACAGCUCGAGUGAGGUGGGCGUAAACGCUGUGGUUCACUGCAUCCCCUGCCGGGACAUGCCCCCAACACUCAUCCGAACCAACCGCUUCACAGCCAGCUUCCAGGGCAUCGUGGACGCCUAUGGCGUGGGCCGCUACCUGGAGGUCAACCCAGCACCCUACACCAUCAUCACCUUCCCCUUCCUCUUCGCUGUGAUGUUUGGCGACGUGGGCCACGGGCUGCUCAUGUUCCUCUUCGCCCUGGCCAUGGUACUCUCUGAGGACAGGCCUUCUGUCAAGGCCUCACAGAAUGAGAUCUGGCGGACCUUCUUCGGGGGGCGCUACUUGCUUCUGCUCAUGGGCCUGUUCUCGGUCUACACUGGCUUCAUCUACAAUGAAUGCUUCAGUCGCGCCACCACCAUCUUCCCCUCAGGCUGGAGUGUGGCCACCAUGGCCAACCAGUCCGGCUGGAGUGACGCGUUCCUGGCCCAGCACCCGAUGCUCACUUUGGACCCCAAUGUCACCGGCGUCUUCCUGGGACCCUACCCCUUCGGCAUCGAUCCCAUCUGGAGCCUGGCUGUCAACCAUCUGAGCUUCCUCAACUCCUUCAAGAUGAAGAUGUCUGUGGUGCUGGGGGUCACCCAUAUGGCCUUUGGCGUGGUCCUGGGGGUCUUCAACCACGUGCACUUCCGCCAGCACUACCGGCUCCUGUUAGAGUUUCUACCCCAGCUGAUCUUCCUGCUGGGCCUCUUUGGUUACCUUGUCUUCAUGAUCACCUACAAGUGGCUGCAUGUCACAGCGGCUAAUGCUGCCUCGGCCCCCAGCAUCCUCAUCCACUUCAUCAACAUGUUCCUCUUCUCCAAAAGUCCCACCAACCGGAUGCUCUACCAGGGGCAGGAAGUGGUCCAAUACAUACUGGUGGUCCUGGCCUUGGCCAUGGUGCCCAUCUUGUUACUAGGCACACCUUUGUACCUACAUUGGCAGCACCGCCGCCACCACCUGCCCAGACCACAUCCUGGCCCACAGCAGGACGAGGAAAGGGCUGAGCUCCUGGACUCACAGGAUGGUGGCAGCGUGAACGGCUGGGGCUCUGUUGAGGAGGUGGGGUCCUCCAAAGAUGAGGAGCAUGCUGAGUUUGUCUUCUCUGAGGUCUUCAUGCAUCAGGCCAUCCACACCAUUGAGUUCUGCCUGGGCUGCAUCUCCAAUACCGCCUCCUACCUCCGCCUCUGGGCCCUGAGCCUAGCACAUGCCCAGCUGUCGGAAGUGCUGUGGGCCAUGGUGAUGCGCGUGGGCCUAGGCAUGGACCGUGAGCCGAGUGUGAAGGCAGCCGUGUUGGUGCCAGUCUUCGCCGGCUUUGCUGUCCUCACUGUGGCCAUCCUCCUGGUGAUGGAGGGGCUCUCAGCCUUCCUGCAUGCCUUGCGGCUGCACUGGGUAGAGUUCCAGAACAAGUUCUACUCAGGCACUGGUUACAAGCUGAACCCCUUCACCUUCACCGUGGAGGAUGAAUAG